ACUUCAAAAUCUUCUCUGUCAUCCUCUUCCCACAACCUUUCCCUUUUUCUCCCACUCUCCUUUUUCUUCCCUUCUCCACUAAGUCUUCUCUUCUCCUUCUUCUCUGCAAACCCUCAAAUCAAAAAGCAGAAAACAGAGCCUCUCUCUUUCUCUCUCCCAUGGCAGAAACAGGCUCCUACACCAAUUCCCAACGGCUAGUUUCAGACCUUUCCUCUCCCACCCCACACACCCAACAAAACUCAGCUAAGCUAUCUUCUCAUUUCAUCUUCAGAAGCCUUUUCGUUGCCAUUUUCAUAGCUCUCCUCCCUCUCUUCCCUUCCCAAGCCCCUGAGCUCUUCAACCAAACCAUCCUCACCAGAAGCUGGGAGCUUCUCCAUCUCCUCUUCGUCGGCAUUGCCGUCUCCUACGGUCUCUUCAGCCGCCGUAAUGUCGAAGCGGAAAAAGAAAUCCCGUCCAAAAUCGACAAUGCCCAAUCCUACGUCUCGAGGAUUCUUCAAGUCUCGUCGGUCUUCGACGAUGAUGAGAUCGACAGCCCGCCUGGGUCAGACGAGAACAAGAUCCAAACUUGGAAUUCUCGGUACUUCCGUGGGGAUCCGAUGAUGGUUGUAGCACCGGAAAGAUCCGGCCUUGGCGGUCGUAGCAGCAGUGUUCGUAACAGUAGUGAGAAACCGCUGCUGCUGCCUGUUAGGAGCUUAAGAUCGCGUGUUCCAGACCCGGAUGUGGUCGAUUCGGUCGAUGGAAUUAAUGGGUUUUCAGGUUCAGGUAAUGGGUCUGUCUCGAAAAGUUCUUCUUCUAACAGUCCUAAUAAAAUAAGGAAUGGAAUUGGAGAGAUUGGUGGUUUGGGAGCUGCCAAUUUGGAUGAGAAAUCGACUGACAGCGUCGUCCUUCCUUCGCCAAUCCCAUGGCGAUCGCGGUCGGGGAGGAUGGAGAUGAAAGAUGAACCAGGAGCAGUUACUCCUCCUCUAUAUUCUCUCCCUCCUGCAGCUGCCCAAACCGAAUUCAAUCAAUUUGAAUCGCCAUCUUUCCGAUCUUCGACCCCACGUGCUUCUCGGUCAAACUCUUCAACCAGCCCUUCGCCCAAGAAGCUCUCUCCCUCCCCUUCUCUUUCCCCAGAAUUGCGUUCGAAGAGUAAUGAAGAUUCAGGGAAGAAGAAGAACAUUAACAGGCGUGCUCCACCGCCGCCUCCUCCACCACCUCCACCGCCCAUGAGUCAUAAAUAUCGACCCACUGUGGAGAAUUCUAGUCCAAUCAGUGAUGGGUUUUCAUCGGUGAAGAGGAAAGAUGUGAGGAGAAACAUCAAGGAUGAAGUGAAGGAUUCGAGCCAGAGCUGUAGAGAAGAUAUGCCACUGGAUAGAAGUAAUUCGGGUAUUGAAUCUUCGAGGUUGGAAACAAGAACCAGACACCAUUCUGAUAAUUCAUUGAUGGGGAAAUCAGUUCGGACAAUUAGAUCGAAUGAGUAUGCAACAGAUGUGAAAAAGGCUAGAGAAAUGGGUGGAAAUGGAAUGGAAGUAAAUACCGGGAAAAGAUCGAAGGAUGUUGAGGCUUUGGGGAUGGAAAAAGCUGAAGUGAAGAUGGGAGCCAAUCAAUCAUCGCCCGGCACUGAAAAGCCGGUUCGUAAGGUUCAUUUCCUUCCACCCAAAUAUCAGAAGGGAAAGAAGGAAUCCGCUGAGAAGAUUGUCUUUAAGUCUGAAGAUUCAGACAGUGAUGAGACUCACAUGAGCUCAGAUGGAGAAGAAGUCACUUCGAAUAACUUGGGAGAAACAGAGGCAGAUGCGAACGAGGUAGAUAAGAAGGCGGACGAAUUCAUAGCCAAGUUUAGAGAGCAGAUCAGGCUUCAGAGGAUCGAGUCGAUCAAGAAAUCGAGCGGGCAAUGGAGUAGUCGAAACCCGAGGUAAUCUUGAAGCUUGUACGGGUGGAAUUCUGAACAUGAUGAAAUUCCAGAUGUUUUUCUUUCGUCUGUUUUCUGAUUUUCCUUUUGCUUUGAGUAGUGAAGUUUUCAAAUUACACUCCUGCUAUACAACGAUUUCUAUGGUUACCGUCUGUUAAACUGGUAAGAAGAUUAGAGAAGUCUCUCUUUUUCUCUA